AAUUCAAUUUUUAUGAAGCUGGAUUUUUUCGUAAACUUAACCCAGACAGGCAAAGAAUUGUCUUAAAACCCCUUAAAAACGCGAGGGGUUUAAGCAGGAAAAGAAAGAGAAAAAGAGAUGGCGUUUCGUUUUGUAAUGAAAUCAAGCGCCGCCGUCAAAACAGUGUCGCCGUUGCCGUUCAACCAUAUUAUUUGCCGGACUUUUGCCGGGAAAAGGGUGAAAGAAGAGAAACCAGAAGUGGAGUUACCGGACUAUAACGACGUCGUUCCGACAUCAGGAAUAAGCAGACCACUGUCAGAAAUUCUUAAAGAGAUCAACAAGAGAGUCCCUGAUUCUCUUGUUAAACUUCGCACUGAGUCUAAUGGAUUCUCUGUUAAAUACAUCCCAUGGCAUAUUGUAAAUAGGAUUCUGAACUUGCAUGCUCCUGAAUGGUCUGGUGAGGUACGGAACAUAACUUAUUCUGCUGAUGGAAAGUCUGUAUCCGUUGUUUACAGGGUCACACUCUAUGGGACUGACGCAGAGAUAUUUCGAGAAUCCACUGGGACUGCAUCUUUAAACGAGGCAGGAGGGUAUGGAGAUCCUGUGCAGAAAGCAGAAGGGAUGGCAUUUCGCCGAGCUUGUGCACGUUUUGGCCUUGGACUUCACCUUUACCAUGAGGAGUUGUUGUAGCAAGGCAAUGAGAUUGUCAGUUGAGAUAAGCUGCCCUCAGUGAAUACUCUGACAUUAUUAUGAUUUUGUUCAAUGUUCUCAUUAGCUCCUGUAAUUAUCCUUACCUAAGUGUAACAAUGCUAGAGUACCUUUUAAUAUGGUAUCUUAUGACUGAUUGCAGACUGCCUAUGCUUAUCCUGUAGGAAGUAACUUUUUAGAAUGUGUAAAGAUGGGUACUAUCUUUCGCUUCUUGAUUAAGAUGUCUUGCCUGGAUUUAUGUA